CCAUUGACAUCUUUCCCGCUUUGGUUUGCAAUGGCACUCUCCAAUUUAUCAACGUACUUCGGUAGGACUUCGAGAAUGCUGAAGGAGAGCAGUGUAAAAAUUCUAAGGAUGGAGGGUGCAGACGAACCUUCUCGUAUUCCCAAAACACUCUUCACACUCAAUUCAAGAGAAGACCUCCAACAUUUUGCUAUGGGCUGCGAUGCGGAUAUUGGAGGCCUGUCAUCUUGUCAUCUCGACCUGGAUGAAUCAACCGACAUCAAUAAACGCAUUCAGAAGAAGGCUACCGCACGUUUCUGGGGAGAGAUGAACUUGGGUGUUCGACCAGAGGUUCAAGGGAAAAUAAGGGGAGGGUAUGCAGGGUUUCGGUCAAAGGCACGUCCAGGCAGGCUUGCUUUUGCCAAAGACCUCUCCUGAACGCAGACCUUGUCCAGGUCCGACCAACCCUAUUCGGUGAGAUGACAGACGACGUCUCGAACCACCGGUAUC